AAUUACACUGCAUGUCAGUGUAUUUGAAGGCCUUAUAUUGUUUGCUACGACACACGCUCUUGGGUGUGUAAAUAUCUGUGGUUUCCUGUGAUGGAAACUAUGCUAGUGAGUAUCAGGAGUGAGGAGAUGAUACCUGCGAUUUCCUAUUUCUACGUCAUCAAUAUAAAUUGCUGCAACGAUUUUGAUAGUGCAGGAAUUUCAAAUAUGUUGGAUUAUUCUCACAACAAACAACAUAUAAUGGACUAAACACAAGAAACAUGGGAACACUGAUGGAAGAAUUUCUUGGGAAACUGGUAAAAGAUAUUGCAGUAGAUCUUGACAGUGAAGAAAUACAAGACAAUCCGCAGUUGAUGAUCUCUUGAGAAAGUCAUUAGCUGAUGUGGAAGAUAAAUACCCACACUUCAAAUCCACAAAGAUAGUGCAAUGUGGAAGUAUGGCUGAAAAAACUCGGAUCUGGAGAUUUACGGGAGAUGACACAACAGCUGUCUUGGAGUUUGACUUUCUGGCCAUACUACACAAGUUUCAACCAGGAUCUUUCAGAUAUGUGAAUUCUUGUGAAGGUUUUGUGGAAGUUGAAGACAUAUUGGGACAGUUUCCAGAGGAAUAUACUAAUGAUAGUGAUUCGGCUGGUUCAAUGGGUAUGAUCAGCAUUAAACUCUUUUCCUUCAAUUAUAGGCUAUACAUGAUGAAAUCGGUAUCAAAUCUAUGCGGGUGUUAUGAAUUCAAAACUGAAGAAAACAUAAUUGAAGGCUGCGAAUUAGUAAGUUUUGGAGAUGUCAAAAAAACGUGUCGAUAUGAUGAGAAUUGUGAGAAGUGCAAGGUGAAAAAGAGUACAGGCACUUUGGUGUUUGCUACUGGAGGUAAAUACCAUCCAGUAGAAUUGAACUGCACAGUAGCGUUUCUAUGGGAAAGGAACACCGACAAAUAUUUAACGUCACCAUGCGAGUUGUCACAGCAACAGAAAAAUAUAAGUCAGAAAUUUAUCAUCCUCAUCGACUUUCUACCAGCAAUUGAAGUCACAAAGAUAAAACCUGACUUAUCCACAGAGUUACACGGCACUGGAUCCGACAGUCACAACGGCAGUAAAAGCGGAACAACUACACAUGAACAUGUUUGUUACCUGGUUCCGAAAGGAUGUAAAGGGGACCAUAACACGUGCUGGAAAGUAUCCCACUGUGAGUUUGAAAGACAACUAUUACAAUCUACUUCACAGGUACACAGAGAUUGUUACAUGGCACUUAAAAUUAUCCUGGACUACAUUCUGUCCGUUAUGAGUAACAUGCCUGGAAUACCAACAACAUACAUCCUGAAAACAGCUGUGUUACAUCACAUCCAAUCCUGCUCUAUGCCGGACCUGCUGCCAUGUGUAAUGGACAUUAUAACGUUUCUGUCUAACGCACAUGAGAAUGCAUUCCUUCCCCAUCUCCUGUUAAAUGACUUCAACCUUCUCAACAGUAGGAUUGUGGAAAAGAAUUUUAGUCUACAUCAUGAAAAUCAAUCAUGGGCUGGAAAUAGAAAUUUUGUUCUCGGAAAAUGUUGGAAAUUCAUCCAACAACUUCUAGAAAAUCUUAAAACAGUUAUUCCAUCAGGGUUUGACUUUGACAUAAUACAAACUGCCCUGAAGUGUACGACAGUUAUAUAUGGAUGGGCGUACUUGAAAACCACCUUUAAGGUUCAGUAUCUUCCAAAUGAAGAAGAACUUAUGAACAAUUUAUGCAAGAUAUUUAGGGAAGAAUUUAUUCCUCCCGAAGAGAUGAAAAAAAUGGUAAAAGUUAAAGGUGACGACAAAAAUCAGUGGGAAAAAGAUCUUCCAAAAAGUCAAUACAGAGAUGCAGCAAUGCUUUACUCGAGCAUGGGCGAAAGGGUUCCAACAAUGUUGGAUGAAGAAUUAGAUAGGAGAAUAAAAUCUGUAGAUCCCACUCAAUCUGGAGAUCAAAAACAAUCUGGGGAUGAAGAAACUUCAAGUAUUAUUUAUUCCAGGAUAUGAAAUCGAAGAGAAAACUUGUCAAGAAAAUAUAAACAGCAUCCUGUAGCGUUCUAUAACAGUUACAUAAGUGGGGAGGGGGGAUAAAGGUUACUUAGGAAUUAAGAGAAGGUAAAAACUAUUUUAUUUUCAACAAACAAGUGAUGUAGAUGAUACAAAAUUACGGUGUGAAAUGAGUUACAUAUGAUAACAGUAUUUGUUAUUCAACAUAUCAUAAAUUAACACAUAAAAUAAAUGCGUAUUAAUACAG